GCUUGAGGACGAACUUAGUCCGCAGAGUCUUCAGUAUUAUCAGUGUCACUAACACAAAAAAAAUUCUAUUAAAAUACAUUUUUUUACCCUCCCAGUUGCAGUUGGUUAAGUUAUAAAUGGCUUUUUAAAAUGAUCAAAGUUAUCCUCCUGAUCAUCAUUUUUGUAGUCAUCGGGUUCAGCGCGGGCAGUUCCCGGUAUGCUGCAUCGCGGUAUCGCAGUCGAUACUUUAACUCGGCGAAUCCUUAUGAUGAAGCCUCCCCGCAUUCUGGAUACUCCUCACCUGAUCACGAUCGCGAUGGACAUGAAUACCCAGGUAGUUCACAUCCCAACGAGUACGAUGAUCCCUGCCGGGAAACCGGGCCGCAGUUUCCCAAUUAUAUCCCGCCAAUGAAAAAACUGGAUCUGUUUCGGACUUUAGGCAAAUGGUACACCUAUCUCGAGUGGCGCGGCAAUGCAGCGGCGGAUGGAGCGCAUUUCCAGUUGAAUUACAACACCAUGAUGUACUUGAAGAAUCUGACUGCCUUAACCUUGGAACCGUCCACCAACAAGAAAGCGUACGUCGUGGAAGAGCUGUUCAGUAGUGUGCAGCGGAGUGAUCGAACUUGCCGGGACAGCGCGGCUAUUGGCUAUCUGACGGAAGAUGGUGCCUACAAAGCGACGGUUUUCGACAACUAUCAAACUAAUGCGCCAAACCGACUAAAUUACCAGUCUACGCCGGCUGAACCUUUAAUCGCAAGUUCUCCAGUGCUGAUUUUGUCCACCGAUUACGACACCUAUAUCGUGUUAUAUCUGUGCUACGCGUACAACACCGCAUCGGGAUUCUGCAGUUCCCCCAUUGUCACCGUCCUCACCCGCUCGCGUCCGGACAGCCUGACGUCAUACGAGACGCUGUACAUCGCCGGCGUGGUCAAUGGAUUACUGGGCAAAUACUGCUUCGAAGUGGCCAUGAUGACCCGGGGAACAUGGCUGCCGCAGUUACCAGCGUGCCCCUUUUUACGGCCUUCGGAUAAUUGUUAUAAUAAUUUACUCUAUGGCAUGCUGUAUUUAGCGGGAGAGGAUAAUGCAUCAGAUCCAUAAAUGCUGAACAUUUAUGUAUUUAUGUCCCGCAAAAUUUAUAUGUUACCUAUGUUUUCCGGUAAACCUGAAUGUGUCCAACCUUUGAUAGCUAUAACAGGUUGUUUCCGUACUCGUAUCGUAUUCAGUUAAUUAAAUUAAUGCAUU